AUGGCCUACGGCUCGGCCGUGUUCCAGCAGACGAACCACGACGCCCGCUCCAGUAUGGUCGACCUCGUGCUCGCGGUCGACGACGCGCGCGCCUGGCACGAGCAGAACCUCGCGCGCCAUCCCCACCACUACUCGAUGCUCCAGUACUGUGGCGCUGCGGCCGUCGCGGACUUCCAGGAGACGUGGGGUGCGGGUGUGUACUAUAACACAAUGGUUCCUCUCACAGGUCCUCUGCUCGGGACCCGACUGGUCAAAUACGGCGUCGUGAGCACGCGGACGCUGCUUGAAGACCUGACGCACUGGAAGACGCUCUAUCUUAGCGGCCGCAUGCACAAACCCGUCACGAUUCUCGCUACGAACGAGUGCAUGCAGGCAGCGGCGUCGACGAACUUGUCCCACGCGCUGCACUAUGCUCUGCUUUGUCUGCCCGAGACGUUUUCAGAGCAUGAGCUGUAUAUGAAAAUCGCAGGGAUAUCGUACUUGGGCGACUUCCGGAUGACGUUUGGUGAGAACCCGAAAAAGGUGCGCAACAUCGUCGACGGCAAUGUCAAGGCCUUCCAGGAGCUCUACCGCCGCAACAUUCAGAACUCUCCGUUCAUGUCCCGUUCCAUCUCUGACGUCGACACGCUCGUUGCCAAUACCGCCAACUCGGACGUGAGGCAGUCCAUUGUCGAGGCACUGCCGUCCAACGUGCUGCGACGUCUGGCUGCCAAGUCCCACGCACGUGGACCGCACGCCCACCAGCCUGUCACCAAGAAGCAGCUGCAGCGCGUGAUUGCAUCGAUUGUGUUUCGGUCAAGUCGGUCGCAAAGUAUCAAGGGCAUUGCCACGGCAGGAGGCGUGAAGUCCAUUUUGUACGUGGCGCAAAAGCUAAAGCGCACGUGGUCGAGCAAGUGA